ACACGGUCACUAUCAGCGCUUUUAUUUAUACGCCUACUGAGGUUGGAGCACUAGAUGAGAUGGCGCUAGCUGAGCAGACUGACGUCAAGAUGGCCGAAAAAUUAAAAGAUGGCGCCGAAGAUGACCUGUCUGAAUCUCAGAUUAGCAAACUAUUCGUCGGAGCGACGGUCUUCUUGACUGGUGGGACUGGUUUCUUAGGGAAACUCCUCAUUGAUAAAUUACUAAGAUGCUGUCCAGACAUCAAGAAGCUGUAUCUUUUAACAAGACCAAAGAAGAAUAAAGAUAUAUUAAAGAGACUGCAGGAACAAUUCGAUGACGCCCUAUACGAUACACUUCGUAAAGAAUUGCCGGAUUUCAUCGAAAAGAUAGCAAUAAUUGAAGGAGAUAUGGGAGAACUGAAUCUUGGAAUAAGCGACGAAGACAGGACGAAACUAAUCAAUGAGGUAGAUUUUAUUUUCCACGGCGCAGCGACUGUGAGAUUCGAUGAAAGCUUGCAAACAGCAGUCAAUAUCAACGUUCGCGGAACGCGAGAAAUAUUGAACCUUGCACGAGCUUGCAAGAAAUUGCGCGCACACGUUCACAUAUCAACCGCUUACAGUAACUGCACGAGAAAGGAUAUUGAUGAGGUAUUCUACGAGAGUGUACUACCGGGAGAGAAGCUGAUUGACAUUGUUGAAACCAUGGAUGAAAAAACAUUAAAUGCAAUAACUCCAGGAUUACUGGGUGACUAUCCAAACACUUACGUGUACACAAAGGCGGCAGCUGAAGACAUAGUCCGAACAUAUUCAAAGGGUCUUCCGGUCGCUUUGUUUAGACCGUCUAUAGUCAUAUCAACCAGUAAAGAGCCUACCACUGGAUGGAUAGAUAACGUGUACGGACCAACUGGAGUGGUUGUUGGCGCGGCUAUUGGUCUUCUCCACGUUCUACACUGCAACCCGAAGGUUGUAGCUGAUCUGGUCCCAGGUGACUUCGUGGUGAACGGCUGCCUCGCUGUCGCUUGGAAGACCUCCAAGACCUAUCUUGGUAACCACGAAGAAGCGCCGGUGGAUCAACUGCCAGUUGUGUAUAACUAUAUAUCAUCGGUAGAAAAACCCAUCACAUGGGAGUUAUUCAUGAAAUACACGGAAGUGUACGGCUUAGACGUGCCAUCGACCAAGGCUAUAUGGGCUUAUCUCUUAAUCCUUACGCCGUCUGCAUUUUUCUACAGCUUGUUGGCCUUUUUCCUACACUGGAUCCCGGCUUACAUAGCCGAUGCGUUUUUAACGAUCAUCGGAAAGAAACCUAUGUUAGUCAAAGCUUAUACGAAAAUAGAAAAAUUUUCAACCGUAAUCUCUUAUUUCGCACUUCGAGAAUGGAAAUUCAGUAACAACAAUACUCAGAAUCUUUUCAAGGAACUCUGCGAUGUCGACAAACGUACUUUUAACUUUGACGUGAGUACGUUGAACUGGAUAGAAUUCUAUCAAACUUACGUCAGAGGCAUUAGAAAGUAUCUUUUAUCGGAUCCGCUGGAGACAAUACCUCAGGGUAGGAGGAAACUCUUUAGAUUAAAAAUACUACAUUAUAUCAUUGUCACUUUGUGUUUUUUGUGUCUUUGUAAAUUAUUUAUGUUUUUUGCUCGAUUAAUCGUUGAUUUAAUAUAAAAUUUGAAUAAUAUGUAAGUAAUAAAUAAGUUUGUUGUGAUUAUUAUACAAUAUAUGUAAUGAGUGCGAUAAUGUAAUUGUAAUGUCAAUUUUAAUUAGGUCACUCACGGUGGUUGAAAGUGUGUGGUUUUGUAAAAUAGUAGUAAAUAAGGAAGUAGCAGCUGGCAAUAGUACCUAGGCCUACGAAUUAUUAAGAAUUAAAAUUCUGGGAUAGUUGAUUAUAAUAAAUAAACAAAAAAUAGAGUAAUAUA